AUGCGGGUCUACUACUUUGGGGUCCGCGUCAACUGGGACAAGUUGUUGGCCAUCGAUCAACAAAAAGAAAGCUUCAAAGCCCAAAUCUUCGUGGAAGCUACGUUGCUACAUCCCCAAAAAGUGCGCGAGUGUGAUGAGAAAGAUGUCCUGAAAUUCUUCACAAGGGCCACCGUGGAGAAUAGCUUAGCGAAGCCGAAGGAUGACGAAUUUCCGACACAGGAUGACAAAAAGAACUGGAGAUUUGUGUGGCUCAUCCAUGGUGAGUUUGGGGAAGAGUUGGAGCUGCAAAACUUCCCAUUCGACACCCAGGACCUCUCUGUCAUGCUCCGCUUUGGAUGGUCCCUCAGCCGACACCAUCCGGCCAUAGCACACAGUUUUUCAGUCCCAGAAGGUUGGGAGUUGCUGGGUGGGGAUCCGGCCGAGGCCUUGCAAAGACCGCAAGGAGGUACAGGUGCGCUUCGUCGACUCUCGCAAAUCCAAGGUGUGUUCGUGAACAUCUUCUGCUUGAAGAACGCAUGGACCGAGCCAAAGGCCGUUGAUGUCAGAUUUGGCUUCACCAAGAUCGAUGAAAAUUGGAAGCCCACGCCGGAGGAGCCAGAAAUACCAGAUCAGUUUCCCCUCAUUUGGAUUCGCUGUCAGGUGGGCCGAAAACCCAAGUUUUAUUUGCUGAAUGUGGUUUUACCUGUCGCCUCCAUUGUCUUCGCGAGCAUCUCUUCGCUUGCUGUUUUUGAGGAUAUGGGUGGACGGCUUGGUGCAACCUUAACGUUACUGCUGACGGCAGUGGCUUAUAAGUACCUUGUGGCCGAGAUGGUGCCAAGGAUAAGCUACAACACGCUGUUAGACUGGUACGUCCUCAUUUGUUGGGCUUUCCUGCUUCUCAUGGUGCUGGGAAAUUGCUUCGUGCAUCACGAUGCCAAAACCGCAGUGGGCUUUACAUUUGGUGCGCUCUUUGCGUUCUUUAACGCCGUGUUUGCCGUUGUUUGCCUCAGAACGCACCGUGUGGAGCGUCAGCGUUUGGAGAUUUCAGAUGACCACGGCGACCAUGGAGAACCCUUCCUUGGUGCGACCAGUUCGGAUGAGGAGAAUGAGGCCUUGGUGAUGUACUACACGGAUGACUUCAACACGCAAGACCCUCAAAACCUCACUCGCACUUUGGAGGAAGUGAAGGAGGACUUGGCAGACAUGGGAGAUGUGGAAGACAUGACGGAGAAGUGGCUCCUUGUGGCCAGCCCUCAAGAUGCUGAAGUCUUCGAUUCAGGGGACGAUGUCAUGCCAAUCCUCGAGGAUGAAAGAGAGGGAUGCAGAGAAGAGUCCUAUGGCUGCUCCAGAAGACGAAGAAACCUAAGCCUGCUCAGGCGCAAACAGAGCACCAGCUGGCGCAGUCCCAGAGGUGACAUGACAGCCUUCGACUUGGCCUUGAAGUAUGCUCCCGACCGGUUGCGGACUUGUGGAGGAGGAAGGCCUUGUCAGGAUCCCUGGAUGCCAGAGUUGAUUCGGAUCGCGGUGUUCGUGGGGUUGACCAACUUUGUCGUUUCAACCAUCUCCGCUUUAUCGAUCAGCUGGAUCCUCUGGGCUUCCCUGGAGGCCUACGAGACUGAGGCAAAAGCAUGUCCAGAUCUCAGGUGCGACCGUCCUAUCACUGGCAAGCCUGUCCCCCUCAAAGCCAUUGGCUUCAUCAAGCCGGACGGGUCUGAUGCGCAGCUGGUUCUGAUGCAUGUAGGCCCUGAAGUACCUGCAGAAGCUGAGCAGGUCUUGCUUCAGCGGCUGCGGGCUUGGCUGAAGUCGCCCGUGGGGUCGCCCCCAAUCCCCUUCAGCUUCGAGCCGGGGGAGUGGUUGAGCACCCUCCUGAGGGAGUGGGGCGUGAGGAGCCGCCCACUCCUGGGGUCACCGCCAAGGCGCCACCUGCCUCCACCCCCACCGCCUGUGCCAGGGGCUGGUGGGAGUGACCCAGGACGCCAGCGCACAGAGCUGGUAAAACGGGAGGUAGAGGAUCCUCCUAGAGGUGAGGCUGCAUCGUCAUCGUCCAGAGUCGCCAAGAAGGAGAAGAAGUCCAAGAAGCCGAGACGCAGGAGCUCUUCAUCACACAGAGCGGCGCGGAGUCCUUUGGCCAGUCCAGUGAGGCCUGCUGGGGUCCCUCGAUCGGACUCAGACGAACGUGCCAGUCGCCGAGAAAAGAAGGCUCGACCUCUGAGCCCAAGAAGUCCAUCUCGUCCACCGCAACGCCAUCGACAGUCAGCACCUCCUAGCCAGAGGCCGUUGGGGAGGUUCUGGCAAGGGGCCAUUCCAGCUAGGAGGCCUGCUGCGGCUCUUCCUGUGGGGCGAGCUAGAACCCGCAGCCUGAAGCGUCCAGCAAGGGAUCUAGAAAGUGAGGAGCAGCUUGAGGAAGUCUUCAACGCCUGGGACGUCACCUUAGAGCAAUGCCGGGCCAUGGAAGAUGUGGAGGUCGUGACGGGCAGUUACUGGGAGGCCUCAGCCAGGGCAGUAGUCCGAGUACAAGAGGUCAGCCUCCGCAAGGGGGAGUUGUACUUGAAAGGGCCUGUCCUGGGCACGCAGAGCGAGCAGCUGUUGAGAGCGGCUUCAGAGCGGGAGCGCCAUGUGGUGGAGGUGCAUCUCUGCCCCCAGGCGUGCACGGGCGGUCCUCAUGCCGAAGGGGUGAUGCACGCUCGUGUACUUCGACGUCUUGGAGCUCAUCGAGAACCUUGGAUGACCAACAUGGUCCCGGAGGAGCGGCGUCCCGACCAGGAGGACGAACUGGCCGAUGUGAGAGCAGACAAAGAGAGGAUGCAGAGAGCCCGAGAACGCAGAGCCGGGGAUGUCAGGGGAGGCGAGAUGCCCCCUGGAGACUCCGAAGAGAAGGCCGACAAGAAGAAGUCAAAGCACAAGAAGAAAAAACGAAAAGACUGGAAGGUGGAAGGGCAGAAGGAGGUUGCCGUUAUCUUCAAGCACACCGGAGCCGAUCCAGACCCCAGUGUGAGGCGGACUUUUUGCCGCAGAGCCGCCCGUCUGGCUCACAAGAAGAGCAAGGGCGUAUCAGGGAGCAGCAGCUCCAGCAGCAGCGGCUCGUCCAGCCCGACCCGGGGCGACGCGAGUUUGUUUGGAGCUGCAGGCCGAGUCCAGCUGAUCGGAAAGAAACUUCCCGGGACUUUGUCAGCGGCGGCCGUCGAGGAGAUAGGCGAGAACCUCGUGACCAGCGAGGGCGGGCUUUGGGAGGUAGGCGCAGGAGCCCUACCUCCUUUGUACCUGAGGUACUUCAAGAGCCAUCUCUCUUCCAAGAUGGCUCCCGCCAUGGCGAGAGAGGCGCACACGUUUUGCCAGGCAUUGGAUUUGAUGAUCCGAGGCCGCAUCGCCGAGAGCCUGGACCUUUGCUCUCAGCGAGUAAAGGCCUUAGAAAUGAUGGCAAACGGCUGCCAUUAUACGGUAGCACAACAACAAGAGUUGCUACCGCGCGAGGGCAUUACCAUCUCCACGACGUCAGAGUUCCAGGAGGCCGCCCGGAGGGCGAGGGAAGAUGGGAAAGCCCGAGCAGAAGCUUCAAGGCCGUACGGCACUCGAGGAGCGGGCGCAGGGAGGAGCGACGAGUGGACGAAAGGCAGCGGCAAGAAAGGAGAUCGAAAGGGCAAAGCAGGAAAGGGCGACUACAAGAAGCCAGAGGGCGAGAAGGGAGACCCCAAGAAGGGGAAGGGGAUUAUUGCGUAUAUGAGGGCAGUGAAGAAGGAGCUGGAAGCUCGAAACAUACCGGUUUUCGUAGUUGAAGCAACCGUCGGCCAAAGUUUUGCUGACCUGACACGGAUAGGAUUGGCCCGUGCCAAAGGCAUGGUAGCAUUCUGCACCUCGGAAUAUGGUGCAUACACUGGUGUAGGAUAUGAAACUUUCCAUGAGCUUGAAUUUGCUCAUGAUUACCGGUUGCCCUUGUUUCCGAUUAGGCUCUGCGAGCAGUGGCCACCAGCGCCGCAGAACAACGAACGGGGCAUCUAUCAGAAUCAAUUGGUGUUCAAAAAUGGCCUGGUGUACAUAGAUGAUCGGCAGAUGACUCAGGCCCAAUGGGUUGCUGAUCAGAUCGCUGAAUCGGUGGCGCACUUGGGCAUUUUCGAAACAAAACCACGAGUUUCACCGGAAGAACUUGAGCGUUUGCGGAAACUGGCUGUGGAAAAGCAGAAAGAAGGAGCAGCCCCGUUGCCGGUGGUGCGCCUUUGCUUCGUCGGUCGAGGUCGCGCAGGGAAGACGACAACUCUAAGGCGGCUGAAAGGUGAACCAUUUCGAGAUGAAGAGCCAUCCACCCAUGGUCUAGAUGUUUGGGCCGGCCAAGCUGAAGCCCAUCUACAAGCAGACGGAAGCGAUGCUCUUCGGAAGGCACCAGAGGCCGAUGUGGAGAAUCCGGGGACCGCAUACUCUCGUGCAGCGGCGCAUGUCAAGCAAAAGAAUGAUGAAUUCAUCCGCCCCUUGCGCCGGCACCUGCAACACAUGGUGUUGCAAUUUGUCACUCCACGUGACAGUUUGGAGGCCGAUGAUGGUGCCGUACCAGGCUGUUUGGAACUUUGUUUUGUUGCGUUGAAGAAGUUGAAUUGUGGAAUUUGUGGACUGGUAAAGUGGUCGAAAGAUUCAGUAAAGUCAUGGCAACAUGCAGGAAUGAACUUGUGUGAGUUCACCAUCCGUGCCAUGCAUUCUCCGUAUCCCGUCAGGGCCACAGCUCCGAUGGUUGAAGUUGAGAAGGUUGCGCCAGAUGCGGAACUCAAAUCAGGGCGCAAUCUUGAGAUUGCGUCGAAUCUGCGGGUAACCCUCUCAGACAAGAGUUGGCUGAUUGUGCCAAGGGGAUCUUCCAUCAAAAUUGAAAACGAGGCUGGCGUGGGUGCCAACGGCAUCGAGAUGAACUUCCACGUCUCCUGUGACUUUCUGCAGCUGGAAGUAGUUCAACAGCUUCUCAAGGGCAUGCAGCCUACAGGCUUGUCCAACAACGACGCCGAGACAGUUUUGAGGUUGCUUAACCUGUUAGGCACUUUAGUGUGGAUGGACCAGCCCGAGCUUCGAAACCUUGUGCUGCUAAAUCCACGCCGAGUUGCAGUUGCAAUGGCAUCAUUGAUGACCAUUUGCUUUGGCCAGGAGAACUUUGAACACAGAGAUAUGAUGAUGAUUGAGCGCAAAAUCACUGAACAUCGUAGUGAUCUUCUUCGGUUCCAGUCAACAGGGAUCGCAACGCGCAAGUUGAUCAGAGGACUUUGGAAAGAG